GAGAGGGUCGUUCGAGCUGCGAAAAUGGUUGGUCGACAAGCAAGCAAGCACGACUUCUAGCAUCCAGCAUUCUCACACAUCUCGAAACUCUUCCUCAGUGAGUCUGGUCGCAGUUCUCCUCUCACAGCAAUUGUCAUGUAAUGCAACGGGCAGAAGAGACUACCAUGCCGCAGACGCAAGCGCCCAUGCCCAACACGCAGGCCGACUGGUCGCACGAUGACCCCUCGCACCCGGGCUUUGUCGUGCACGGCAUUGACGACACGCCCGGCGAGAAGGCCUACUUCAUCCAGCUCGAGGCCAAGCCAGGCAAGGAGGAGCAGCUCGCCAGUUUUCUGCGCGACAUCAACUCGGGCGUGAACAAGGAGCCACUCACAGGCCCCUGGUUCGGCCUCCGCUACUCCAAGACGACCUUUGCCAUCUUCGAGGCCUUUCCCCACGCCCAGGGCAGGCACGACCACGACGCCGGUCCCGGUGGCGCCAACUUCUUCCGCGUUGACUUUCUCAAGGACGUCCUUGCCUACCCGGCGCAGAUCUACCGCCUCGACCUGCUCCACGGCAAGUUCAACACCAUGCUCGGCAAGCCCAUUACCUUUCAGUAGCUAUGCCUAGCCUCUCCUUCUUGACCUCCCCUUCAACGAUGCACGGUGGUGUCUGUAACUCUUUGCUCAAACUCUGAG